AUGCAGGACUGCUCGAAUCCUAGGGACGUCUGGAUUGCCCGACGUCUCAAGUCCCAAAGGAACUACAUCAUCUCGCACGCCCCUCUGCCACAGGACGACGGCGCCAGAAUUCGAUAUCUCCAUCGAAUGGCGCGAUAUGGAGGAGCCCUCGAGGAGGACGAAGAAUGGAAGUUGAAGUCACACUGGCUCGACGAGCAGUACUUUGUUGUCCUCGAUACUGCCAGCCUGCCUUCCGUAGCCGACAUCUUGAACGGUACAGGCACCGCUCUCGAUGUCACCGCCUGGUUAUACGACUUCGACCGGGAUCCCCCCACAGCUGCAACGCAUGAUGAGGAUGGCUACGCGGGCAGAGUCAAGGUCAGCUUUGGUUAUCAUCUCUAUGUCGGACUCUAG